GUUUCCCGCGAAGUCGCUUGGAAGGGAGUCGUGUAUCUGCUAGUAAGGAACCCUCCACAGCAUCGCCGGCGGAGAGAGAUAGAUUAGAAUGUCGGAAGAGAAACCACAUCUCUCCGAUUCCCUCAUUCCUCGCCUCCAACAGACCCUGACUACAUGCUCUCAAUUGAUUGAAGCCGGUGACUUUAGCAAUUCCGAUGGAUUACUCACCGGGCUUGCCGAUUUCCUUACUCCCAUCUCGGAAGAAGCAUCAAAUCUUGAUUUAGAGACAACAUCAUUCCAGAUUCUUACUGAAAUUCAUUGUUUCAUAAGUGCACCUUCCAGAAACCAGGAAGUUAUUGAUGCUUUGUCCUUUGAGUUGCCCAAGGUAGUAUGUAAAUUUGCAUGUGCAUCCAAAAGCUGCUCCGAGAUUGCUGAACUCAUUGUUGGACAUCUAGUUAGUAUGUGUUCUCCGCGGGAAAUGCUAUCAAUUCUUUGCGAGGCACUAAGUUCUCCAACUGAAAUGUUCAGGGUUCCUUGCUAUUUUUCUCCUCUCAUUGGUGGCCUCGGCAAAGUUAUAAUACUCAUCAAAAGACGGCAAUUUGAGCAAGUGAAAGCUGCAGUUCCUGUUAUUCUUGGUGUUUUAAAGUCCAUGUCCUUAGAGGCAGAUGAGGAAGGAAAAGAUACUGAGGACUUAUUCCACAAAGCAAUUGCUCUUGCAGAUUCAAUACAAGCUGUUUGCAAAUUGUUGGAACAGAAAGAUAAGAAAAAACUCUGUGCUCUGUUGGGCAUGUUUGUCCUGCAAGUCAUGGCUCUUGUUUCAAUUGCAAUGGGGCAUAACAUUUCAUGUCUUCUUCCCAUUAUGAUACACCUGUCACACUUUCUUCCAAUCUGUGGUUUAUCAUAUGAGGGAUUAAUUACUGGACUUGAUGUAGACAAGUUCACAACCAUAUGUGGAGAUGACGGGGAUGAUAACAUGGCUUGCUUUUCUCAUGUCAAGCAUGGCGGAUCACUUGCAGUAAUCUGGGGUUACAAAUCCAAUGAGACAUCAGUGGCUGCUGAUACAGAUUUUGAAGCAGUGAAAAAUGAACUUCAAAAGAACCAGACUAAAAGAUGGCAGGCAAUAGGCAUGUUAAAGUACGUCUUCUCAAGUGUUGACCUAUCAUGGGAAUUGAAAGUGCAUGCUCUUGAUUUCCUGCUUUGCAUUAUGGAUGGAUGUAUGCACCAAGAAAUUCAAAACGAUACAAUGGACUACUCCACAUAUGUGCCUACUCUAUAUACGUCAUUGCAGGCGAUUGAAAUGGUCAUUAUAUAUGCACCAAAUGCUGUUUUGCGGAAGAAAUCUUUUGAUACUCUGAUGAAGGUGCUUGCAGAUGUUCCAAGUUCUUUAAGGUUUGACAUCUUAACGGCUUUGAUACAGAAUAGCGAGUCUUCUUCAAUGAUUGCAAUCCUCUUAGAUUGUAUCAGAAGGGAAAUGCACGAGGAAUAUAGUAGCUGUAUCUCAGUAAACAGUGGGGUCUCAGAGGCAGAGGUGAAAUAUUCUCAAUGUCUCUCCUUUUGGAGUGCUGGUGUUCUGGAACUAGUAGAGCUGGUUCUGAAGCCUCCAAAUGGUGGCCCUCCAUCUCUUCCUGAGUACAGUGAUGCUGUUCUAUCAGCUCUCAAUCUCUAUCGGUUUGUAGUGAUCAGAGAGUCAACAGGAAAAACGAACUGUACUGGAGUGCUCUGUAAGGACAUGUUGCAGACGGCAUACAAUGAAUGGCUUCUUCCUUUGCGUACAUUAGUGACAGGAAUCAUGGCAGAAAACCAGCAGGAUCAUGAAAAACUAGCAUCGGACACAAUGUGUUCCUUGAACCCCAUUGAGUUGGUUUUAUAUCGGUGUAUUGAACUCGUUGAAGAUAAUCUGAAACAUGCAUAGUUGUAUCACUAACCUCAUCUGGUAGCGUUUUCUGGGUUCUAGGAACAAUACAAGAAAAAUGUAUAAUUAUUGAUUUUCAGUUUAUUUUUGUUUCUUCCAUUCAGUCACAGUAAAAUCCCAGUUUCACAAUCUUGUAGUUCAAUGAGACUGACAUUUUUUUCUGAA